AUGGCGGUGGACGGUAGCCAAGAGAACAGUGAGCAGAAGGAGAGCUCCAACGAGGGAAAAGAAAACGAAAGCGUCGGCUUUGAGGGGGUUCCACCUCAUCUGAGCCCGCGGGUGUUUCGAGUAGUGGAUGAGGAUUUCUUACGAGCACUUCCAAUCAUCGUGUCGUCACAACAACGGAACCGGGAACAGUUGAAGCAUAAUUGUACAAUGCUGCUCGACUCGGGAUAUUUACCAACAGGUCCCGAAACCUUUGCCGUUCUCGGACGGUGGGGAGUUCUAUUGUGUUGCAUGGAGACGGGCAUGGUGCUCUGUACACUGGCGAUUUUCUCCAGAGAAUGUCUGUACCUGUUCCGGCAUUGGCCUCCAGAGACAGCGACACUUUCGUGCGCAGCGCUAUCGGUUUUCCCGUUCACGUCGAUAUGUGCAUUGACAGCUGCGAUAUUCCCGCAUAUGUACGAUGUGGCCAGCGCGCUCGUGAUGUUGUACCUCCCUUUCUCGCUGGUGAUGUACUACGAGCUGGUGGCCGCGUACUCCGGGGGAUGCCACGUGCUAUGGGAACUCCUGGCUGACCAACGGAUGCCACUCAAAGGUCCCCCACUGUGCUGUAUAUUGCCGCCUUGCUGCGGCCAAGGUCCCAUUCUCACCCGCAAGAGACAGCGGCUUAUGCGAGCGUUCAUCUACCAACUGCUCGGAGUUCCGGCGCUCCUGAUUGGAAUCAUUUUCAUUUGCACUCUGGUCGGCAUCCAUCCGGGAGACAGGCUCGAGGCCACGAACGCGUCCCCGUACCUGAUGUUGAUCCAAGCGCUUUCAUUCGUGCUGGGGACGUACGCUCUGGUCAUCUGCGUCAAGCUGGCAGCUAACCAUCUACCUCAGCACGGUCUCCGGCGGAAGUUCACCGUCUUUCACCUGCACUACACCGUGACGAGAUUGCAGGUGAUUUUUUUCAAACUUACUGGACUCACGUCGAGUCUACCUUGUAUUCCUCCACUGUCUUCCAUGGCUUCUGGUAUAUACAUGAGCUGCGCCAUGUUGAUCGGACAGUGCUUCUUGAUGAGCACUGUGUCGCAGUACUUCUUCCUUCAUCCUCCACCUGUCAGUCCAAUUCCAGGUAGCGUUGUGACCAACGGGAAACACGUUCAUUCGGAGCGGCCUUGCCCGAACUGUGAACAACCUUCCUUGGCUCCGACGAACACCGAGUACGCCGAAGAGACCUUUUCAAGCGACAACCCCAGUCAGUCGCUGAGCGGUCCUCGCGCCGUCACGAGAAGCCACGCGCACCUCGGAAGAGCCUACAGUCACCCCGUGACCCGCCUGAUCGGCACCGUCGGUGGUCACGCGAAUUUUCAGAGUCUUUCAUUGAGAAACGCAACGGGGAACACGGACCCUCUUUCUACGAAUCGCCAACCCGCAAAUCGAGCCAAUCUCUCACUGGAUUUAAAGCAAACGCACACGAUGACACUGGAGCGUCGUCAGCGACGCCAGCGCCUGCAACGUAGCGGAUCACUUGAAGGACUCGACCUUGAACGCUCAUAUGGAGCUCGGCUGCAUCAACCGCUUCGACAGCAGUCGUUGCAGCAACCUCAGACGCAUCGUCUCUACUUCGGGACGGAUCUACAAGAACAACAUAUGCGUCUGCUGCAGGAGCGACGGGACUUUCUCGAACGCCGGGAACGUCUCAAGCGCCAGGAACGUUUGGAACGUCGAGAAUUGGAAGACCUGCAAGUUCUCCAGAGUCAGCGUCGAGAGUUCGAGCAUCAACAGAGACGGCACGAGCUCUUCAACCCGAUGAUGACUUGCUCCCUGGACGAGGCGUUGCGGAUACGACAGUUACGAGAACGCCAAGCCCGAACUUGGCGGGUUUCGGUCUCGGGCGGGGAACGUCUGUUGAACGGCAGCAGAGGAGCUGGCGGCUGGCCUGUUUCAUCUCUAGAAGAAGUGACUCCAUUGACACCAAGCGAGGAUCUCGAUUCGGAUCUCUGGACUAAUGAGAGUCGCUGGUUGAGACCUCACGUACUCAGCGAUUGUUGGAGCUCACCGCCGAGGACUACGAUAGACUCUCGUUUCCGGACUCGGAGUUAUGAGGUCCCCAUCGUGGCUCCAGAAUGGCCCGUCGCGAGCGUUGCAGGUGAAAGUGCUGAAGAUUUCUGUUGA